UGGCUGCUGGAGCUGAAGCCGGAGUCAGGAGAAGCCCGAGCAGACGGUGCCGGGACGGGCCGGGCCAGGGCCUGAGCGCGGGGCCAGGGUCCCAGGUCCCAGGUGCCAGGUCCCAGAUCGAGCAGGACCAUGGGGAAGGUCCAGCUCUUUGAGAUCCACCUCAGCAACAGCCGCGUCAUCUACAGUCCCGGGGAGCCGCUGACCGGGACUGUGAACCUGCGCCUGGGCGCUGCGCUGCCCUACCGAGCCAUCAGGGUGACCUGCACAGGGUCCUGUGGAGUGUCCAGCAAGGCCAAUGAUACUUCAUGGACAGUAGAAGAAGCAUACUUCAACAGCACGUUGUCCCUGGCUGACAAAGGAACCUUGUCUCCUGGAGAACAUGUCUUCCCCUUCCAGUUCCUGUUACCAACCACAGCACCCACAUCCUUCGAGGGGCCCUUUGGGAAGAUUGUGCACCAGUUGCGGGCUGUGAUUGACACCCCUCGCUUCUCCAAGGACCACAAAUGCAGCCGUAUCUUCUACAUCCUAAGUCCCUUGAAUCUCAACAGCCUCCCAGACAUCGAGCAACCCAAUGAGGCUACGACUACCAAGAAGUUCUCUUACAAGUUGGUGAAGAGUGGGAGUGUUAUCCUCACUGCAAGCACUGACCUCAGGGGCUACGUUGUGGGUCAGGUGAUCCAGCUCCAUGCAGAUAUUGAGAACCAGUCUGGCAAGGACACAGGACCCGUGGUGGCCAGCCUUCUCCAGAAAGUAUCCUACAAGGCCAAGCGCUGGAUCUAUGAUCUUCGGACAAUCGCAGAGGUUGAAGGCUCAGGGGUGAAGGCCUGGAAGACCGCUCAGUGGCGGGAGCAGAUCUUGGUGCCAGCCCUACCACAGUCGGUGCUGCCCGGCUGUAAUCUCAUCCACAUAGACUACUUCAUCCAGGUCUCACUGAAGGCACCUGAAGCAACAGUGAAUCUGCCCCUUUUCAUUGGCAACAUUGCAGUGAAUUGCCCUCCAUUGAGUCCUGCACUGUCCCUGUCUGGGCUCCCACCCCCCUUGGUGCCUACUGCGCCACCUGAGGACAUGGACAUGGCAGCCUGUGGGCCUUCUCCUAUGGUCAGCGUCUCCCUCCCUACCAAGAGCCACUCACAGCAGCAGCAGCAACAGUCAACACAGCCUUUCAGCUACACACCUGGCCUGAGCUUUCGUGAGACCCGGCCUGAGGCUGAGCCUGGCCCUGGGGAUGGUUCACCUGUCCCCAGCCGGCCUCCCCUUUGCUUGUCCACUGGUGCCACCAUUCCCUACUUUGCUGAAGGCCCUGUGGUGCCUAUGCCUACAGCCAGUGACCUGAUCUUGCCACCAGAGUAUAGCACAUGGGGCUACCCUUAUGCAGAGGCACCCCCCUCCUAUGAACAGAGUUGCAGCAGUGCCAGCUCAGGCUUGAGCAAUGGGAACUGACUUGUGGACCCCUCAGCCCAUCCAGUGACUUCCUGCGGCCUUUGCCUCCAGCCACGUUUUCAGUGCUGUGAAGAGGAGCUGCUGUCUGAACAUUGGCAUUGAGGGGAAGGAGGAGGCCCGUACCCUGGGGCCAUCUGACCUCUGACUUUAUAUCUCCUUGGAGAAUGCCCCCAUGCCUUAAACCCUAGCCUCUCUGCCUGUCAGGUUGGGCUAUGUAUUCUGUGGCCCUGGGGGAGAGGUCUUGGGGCUCCAGUCGUACUGUAUAUCCCAUGGAAUGGCUGACAUCCAACCUGGCUCUAGUGCAGGGAGGACUGAUUGUUUUGUCCAAGGGCAGGGUCUUCCCUUAUUCUAGGACCCAAUCACUCUGGGGAAACUUUCACUGGCUCUCCCUUUUGUGCCUUUUCUCCUGGGCUCAUGCUGGGUGAGUUGUUUCUCAUUGUGUAGCCCUGGCUUCCUUGGAUAGCAUGAAGAGCUCUCCUGCCAUUCUGUGGCCAGGGUCCAUUCCCUGUACAGCCAGAGCUGGGGCAGGAGACCCCGCUGGCUGGUUCUAACUUCCUGUCCCCAGGUGGGACUAUGGGUAGAGUGGAGAUAGCUGGGCUGUGUCUCUACUGCUCUCCCUGACUUCUACUGGAUUGUAACCUGUAACCUCCCUCCCCUCAACCAAUACAUCCUGGUGCUCAUCACUUUCUCUUUUCUGGACUUAGGUUUCCCUUGGGCAGCCUGUCCUAGGGCAUGUUGUGGCAUAGAUGGUUCUGCAUCCAUCUUGAUCUGUUUGCUAGUGUCUGGUCUUCUUGGAAGGCUGGGAGAGUGAGCAGCACCUUGGUGACCUGUUCUGUUCCCUGCCUUCCCCCACCCCCUCCCAAGCUAGCCAGGAACCCUUAGCCUUUCUUCUGUCAGCAUCAAGAUUGGUGAGUCUUGCCUGUAGUCUGGCCAGUGACUCUUCUUAAAGCAUGUGUGCUAUAUUAAGAGGUUGCUUGGAUUGGAUCACAGGGCAGACCUGGUCUCAAGCUGAGGAAGGCUUUAGGAGCCAUAGGGAGUCCUGUCACUUCCUGUCUUUCUAUGGCUCUUUUAUCUAGGACCCCCCUUCCUGUUUCUUCAGGUAUUUAUUGAUAAAUAUGUCAGCCCUCUCCCCCUACUUGGUCCUAGCCUUGGAGGCAUGAAAAUUUACAUGUAAAUAAAGUUUUUGUUUUGUAAUGUUCAGUA